UCCUCAGAGAGUGGGAUGCCAUGCUUUCAAACGCUGUGGCUGUGUCAUUCUCACCUGUGUGAGCCAGAGAGGAGAGCCUUCUUCAAUGUAAAUGAGCGUGCUGAUUUCUUGCGAUGGAUUACUUCAGUACUGUCAGAGUUUGGAGAUUUGGCAGUCGAGGAGAAUGAAUCUGUGCUCACAGGUUUGAAGUGACGUUCAUGAGAGAUGCAGAGAGCGACUGCAGGCUUCUUCUAUGAUGAUACCCAUGAACCUCAGCCUCCAGCAUCCUCCAUCACCUCCAAUCUGACUGGGGCCACACCAGCUAAGAGAAUCACCUUUUACAAGAGCGGUGACGCCCGGUUCAAAGGCGUCAAGAUGGCCAUCCACAAACGCAGCUUCAAAUGCUUUGAUGCAUUAUUGGAUGACCUUUCCCAAAAGGUCCCUCUGCCUUUUGGAGUGCGGACCAUCACGACACCCCGGGGCACCCACAGCAUUAAACAUUUAGAGCAGUUAGAGGACGGUGGCUGUUACCUGUGCUCCGACCGCCGCCACGUGAAGCCCAUCAACAUUGAAGCCAUGGGGCAGAGGCCGACAGUCUGGCACCAUCACAACGUUCGCAGGAAACCCUCUCGACCCGAGGACGCCCCCUAUGGACACCAGAACCACCAUCGACAUCCAAAAAGGAUCAUACUGGUGAAGAACAACGACUCUGCUGUGAGACGCUCCAUCCUUCUGAGCAGAAGAACCGCUCGCAGUCUACGUGUCUUCAUGGAGGAGGUUUCAGAACUCAUGCAAUGUCACGUGAAGAAACUUUACACUCUGGAGGGACGCAAGAUUGACAGUAUUCAGAGUCUAAUGCAGUGUCCCAGUGUUUUGGUGUGUGUGGGUCGAGAACCAUUCAGACCUCUGCUCAUGGAUAACUCAAAGAAGCUCUCAGAUGAAAGGCUCCCGGGAAUGGGAACAAGAUCUCGGUCCAGCGUCUGCAGUGAAGGCCAUGAAAGCAAAAAGAAUGUUAACUUUGGCCUGGAAACAAAGAAAAGCAUCAUCCAUCCAAGAUCAGACUCUAGUACAAGGUCGACAAGAUUCUCUCUUUCGUCAGAGAAGUCGUACCAGAAUGGAUUAUGCACGACACCUGGACAGUCUGCCUGCGUCAGCACUUGUCCCUUUAUUAAAGAAGUAGCGAUGAGCGAUGACAUUCAAAAGAGAGUACUUGUUAACAAAGACGGCAGCCUUUCUGUUGAAAUGAACGUUCGUUUUCGACUUUUCAGCAACGAGACACUCCAAUGGUCGACUGAGAUCAAGAAACUGAACGAUGGCGGCUCUGUGAAAGAAAGAAGUCAGCAUUAUCAUCAAGCGAAAGCUGAGUAUUCAGAGCCAGACUCCAUCUCUCAAUCCGAGACCGAGGAGGCCUUUGCUACAAAGAUGCAUGAGAAGCAUCUUGAGGAAUCGCUUUGUCAAAACUGUUGCAACCACUGCCAAGAAUAUGAUAUUUGGAAAAACCCCAUGCACAAAAGCCCAGGUGGCUGCAAAUCACCAAGUUCAAGUGGAUCUUCUCAAAAAGUUUCAUUCAAAAAGACAUCAGUGGAUAGCACGCAUACGAUUUCUCAUUCCAGUGAGGAAUACACAGAGCACGUGGUGGAGAAAACUGUGGAGGAAGGCGACACGAGAGUGGAGUACUGCGCAAGAAGUCGUUGCUGCAGUCGUAGUGAAAUAUCAGCGAGCAGGAGGUCACGUGAGGACAACUGUGAGAGUAACAAUAAAAGUAAAUGUUUUUGCCCGACAACGCAUUAUAAGAUUACAGAAGACCGGGCCAUCUUCACGGUCAGCAACUCACCCAAAGUGCUUGAGUCUUUAAAGGAUAAUCUGGAUGAUGAUUACGAUGACCUGCCUCCAAGCAUCUCACAAGCUUCAGACUGGUCUCAGAGUGACCAUGUUGAAGGUGAUGCUGGGUCCAAAUGCAUUAAUUGUCGUGCCUGCCGGACCUCACCAAGAUCUCAUUUAUCCCCUAGGCCUCCCAGUAAAGCAUCAAGAUGUGCUUCUCAUUCUUUAAGAUCCAAAAAAUAUAAAACUAGUUUAAUGGCACGAGUAGAGCCAGGCGAGCUGGUGAAUCACAAAGAAAGGACAACGGGUACACCGUCUGCAGUUUUAAACGUCUCCUCCAGAUCCUGUGUUUGUCAUUGUGAAACUAAAACCUUAAGUUCAUUCACAUCUGGUAGGCAGCGACAGGCUGAGGAUAGAUUUGAGGAUGACAACACGCAAGAAAAUGGACCUUUAAGUGCUAUGUCAGUAACUGCAGACCUGCAGAAAAAAUCUGGCGAGGCAAGUGUGUGCUUGUGGUGUAAAGGACUGGGGAAUCCCAAGGAUUCAGAAUCACAGAUGGCUAAGAAAAUUACAAAUGCUCAGGAAAACUGUGAAACUAUUCAUAAUUAUGCAUCAGAUGAGGAAACCACAAGGGAACGUUCUGAGACUACCCUGUCAAAGCGGUCAAAACGGUCAAACUGCAUUGAUCAUGAAAAGUGUCCUGUUGGGAAGUCAGAAGUAGAAACUGCUGAAGAAAUACCCAAGAGUGGCAUGUCGGCAAAAUCACUGGCAUCUGCAGAGUCAACCAAAUCAGAACCAAGCUGCAUGUGUACAGAUCAAGAACCAACACUAGUGUCAAGUCUGUCAGAAAGAGUAGAAGUUGAUGUAAAACCACGAGAGGGAUCAGUCAGCCCAAUGUGUAGAAAUUUGGAUGUAUCAGCUUCAUCGCACCAUACGACGUACCAUAAAUCAAAGGCUGGUUAUUCAGAGCAGGUGAGAACACCCAGUUCGUCUACUUCAAAUGAUUUAGAGGAAGUGCCAUCAAAGUUACUUCAUUCUCAGGGUGAUAAAUCACAAACUACCGCUGCACAAAUAUCUACCAUGUCGGAUAAUCACUGUGGACACAACACGGGUUUAACUGAAGAAGUCGGUGCCAUGUCCAAUAAAUCAAACCCAUCCUCUGAACACCUACACCAUACAUCACAGGAAACAAAGAGCUCUGUCAAAACCUGUUGCAAGUUAAUCAAGACAAAAGCGACUGUGAAGUCUUCUGGGAAACAUUCACACAUGCAAAACAAAGACAACCGUAAUGAUGUUUCUGCCACAAAAUCUAAUGAGAGAGUGCCUGGUGUAAAGUCCUGUAGGUCCCACAAAUCAAGCCGUAACCUUCCAGAAAACACUGUUACCUCAGUACAUGAAAAAAUAGAUGAAAUUGUGUCAAAGAGAGCCAACUCUAAAAAAGCAAUGUCUCAGACUUCUGUGAUUUCAGGAAAGUCUAAUGCCUGCUCUGAACGAUCCAUCAAACUAUCAACCCCUGAUGCUCUUGCAUCCCAGGAGAUGAGCCAAGAAAUGAGGGAUGGCAAAGGUGUGACACAAAAUGCCUUAACUGUGACCUCUCCAUUGCCCAGGAGCUCUCCAUCCCCAAGCAGAACCAAGUCAUCCAAAACUGAAGAUAAGCAGACUAAUAGCAGGACAUCAAGUGGGAUGUCAGUCAACUCUAAAAUAUCGCAAAGAUCCAGUAAAUGUCAUUGUCACACUUCUACACAUAGUCAAAAAGAGGAUGUCAAAGAUGAAUCUAAGGAGAGAGAUGUGAGGAGAAUGUUAGGAAAAUCACAGCUUGACAAUCACAAAAAAAUACAUUUGGAUGAACCUUUGAGCCCAACUUCAACAGCAUCUUUAUCUCUCGGCCUACCUGAAGAACACAAGUGUGAUGACCUUGAAGAACAAUGCACCAGUGAUAUGUCAAUCAUCACAGAGAUUGCUGGGUGUAAGUUGGUGGUUGUAAAUGCCGUGGAUAUUGAGGAAAAGCCAAUGACGGCAGUAUCUGUGAGCCCUACAAUAUCAGAAAAGUCUCAUCGCAAGACUCCUCUGCAAACACUCUCACCUGUCUCAGCUGCAAGAGUCAGGUCAGCGGAUCCAAAGACAAGACAAGGAACCCAGUUUAAUGGCAACAACAUCAGAGCCUCUUCUCUGAGUCCUCUGUCAGUGUCAUCGUCACAUAGCAGGGGAAGUGAAAAAAACAUGGCUAUGAAAGGACGUGAGCGAAGCACUAGCCAAGCGGAAAUGACUGACAUGGACAAUGCAUCCAACAACGUACCUUCACACCAUCACAAAAAUGAAACUAUGCCAGCAAGCCGUUGUUUAACAUCCUCAAGGGCUUCUGAACAUUCAGAGAUGUCCAAAAACAACCAAACUACUAAAAAGACUGAAAAGAGAUCCAAGCGUUCCUCAGAUUGUGAUGGAGACAAAACAUCUCAGUCAGACAAGACAUUGGUAAAAGAAGACGCAUCCAGACCAAAUUCAGUGGAGAUGUCCAAUGUUUUCCAAAAGUGUGGAGGUCUGCCACAAGAAAUACGAAACAAACAUAAAUCAUCAGACUCGAGCGAUAGCAUUUCAUCACAAGCCGUUUCAGCAGCAGAUCUGUUACGAGAGAUAGUUGCCACUGCAAAUCCAACAAGUAGAGGAUCAAAGUCAGUCGCCUCCAGCAAAAAUGUCAAGAAAUGCUGUCGUAAAAAACACAGGGAAGACAGCAACACAUCAGAGCACAACAAUGAGGAACAGUUUACUAUCAUGCCAUCUUGUUUACCAAACGCUUCUCCUACAGAAGUUGUCAAUGACUGGCUUAGAAACAAUCCUAUUGAUGGGCCUGCUUAUGAAAUGGAUGUCGAAUUCACAGAAAAUGUUACUGAGACUCAAGGUGAAGAGGAAGUUUCAAGGGACAAGAGUAAGGAAACAGAAAGCGUAACUGAGGUCGAAGAACCUCAUGAGGAGGAAAUCAAGGAUCAAGCAGGUCAGCUGGAGAACAGUGUUGAGGCACAGUUGUGUAAUAAAAAACCACUAGCUGAAUUAAGCCAACUGGAUUCCAGUCCUCAAACAUUAACCAAAAAACAGUGUGUAGGAAAACAGCUUCAUUCUGUUCAGGUCAUGAAAGUUUUACUGAGUCCAAAACUAAACAGAUGCAGUAGUUUACCUGAGGUCUCCCCUGUGCAUGGCAGAAGAUUAAGCCAGUCAGCCCAGGGGCUUCUUGACUGCCUUGCAAAUUUACAAUUGAUUGAGUUAGAUUCUAAAAAUGAUAGACAUCCGAAAUAUAAUGAAGUCAUGAUGAUCCUACAGUCGCUAUGGCUAAAAGAGCCUUCUGAGGAUGAGCUGAAUAAGCAAACCGAGAAAGAUCAGUCAGGAGAAGACGAAUUGAACCUGCAGUCUUCAUCUGGGGUAGAUGUUAGCAGCGGCUCUACGGGAUCUGUUAAGGGCAUAGUAGAAAAAUCAGAGAUGGCGCAAAGUACAAUAUCACCAUUAUUUGAGGCCUUAAAACAAGACAAAGAUGAGGUUUUAAUGGAAGAUGAAAAAACAUCUACAGCUGCCCCAUGUGAAGGUUUAGAUGCCUUUAAAGUCCUCUCGGAUCCGAUAACUCCAGGUAUCGCAGAGCGAGUUCAGGGCAGUCCAGUGAAUAAAGACAUAGAUGAUACCCAGGAAAAUACUGCCACUAAAGUAGAUGUUGUUCAAAGAACUGAGAAUACAAAUGAAUCAAAUCAAACACAACAGGAGUCCUCUAACAAAAGCUCAGGAAAAGAAAGCGACGUGAUGAAAUCUUCAGAAAAAACAAGCUCGGGAACUCCACCAUCAGUUCAGAGAGCUCCACUUACUAAAAGAAUUUCACAAGACCCGGAUCCUGUUUGGGUGCUGAGCUUAUUGAAGAAACUAGAAAAACAGUUCAUGUUACAUUAUGCAGACGCAAUGGCCGAGUUCAGAGUAAAGUGGGAUUUGGACGACAACGAGAUGCUUAACAAAAUGAUCGGUGAACUGAAAGCGGAGGUACAUAAACGGAUUCAAUCGAGUAUUAACCGAGAACUCCAAAAACUCCAAGGUAGAGCCGGCAGGGGUCCGAGACCACCAGGACAAGUUUUGUCUAGAGAGUCUACUGUGCUAACCCAACAGAGGCGCAAACGUCUUCGGGUGAUGCGCAACAAAUCUAUCACUUUGAGCGAGGACAACUACACAGCGUCUGGCACAGAAUAUAGCGAUCAGCGCAGCGAUGAUGAAUACUGCCCGUGUGAUGCUUGUAUGAAAAAGAAAAUGGUGUCCAGAGAGGUCCAGCGGUCUGAGGCUUUGAGCUUGGCCCCUGUUAUGAUGGAAUUCGAUCUGCGAAAAAUACUACAAAUGAAAAAGGAUCCGGCCAGACCCACCGAACAGAAGGUGAAAGAUCAAACCACUGCCAACAGGAUCUGCACAGGUGAUAAAGACUUAAAGGUGCUUCGUGAAGAAGUGGAAGAAGUGACUAUCGGCCAUAGGAAUAAGGUUCAAGAUCUAGGAGUUGAGAAAGAAGACAACAUGGAGGCCAGUGACAAAGAUAACCAAGAUGUUCUUAGAGACCAAAAGACAAAAGAUGAAGAGGAUGGAUGUUGUGGUGAAGCUUAUGAUGAAAAAGAGGAUGGGAAAGAUACAAAUGGAGAACCUGGGAAUAAAGACGUUGAUGAGGAAGCAAAAUUUGAUGGAGAAUCCUUAACAGAAGAGGAUGAUGAGAAGAAAGAUUGAGACAUUGCUAUGGUUGGAGAUGUGGAAAUGAUACUGCAGGGGAUGAGGAAAAAGAAAACAUUGAGGCAGACAUUUCGAAAGUCAAGUAGAUAGCGUAGUGAUCUCUAAACAGCCAUCAGACAGAGUGUUGAGUUUCGUGGACACCAUAAGGACAUUGGCAAUGGACUGACUGAAUUGCAGAUCUCACCUAGGAUUAUAAACAGGACCUUUAAACAAAAGAAACUGAAGGGGGGUGAUAUUAUGAUGAUAUCUCAUUUAUAAUCUCUCACGAUUACUUAUGGUUUUUUUGACUGGAUUAUGAAUGUUUGAAAUGGUGAGUCUGACUGCUACAAAGAAAACUUUACAGAAGAUUUUAAAGACAAACCUUUGAAAGAUAUUUAUAGGUAAUUGUAUGUUCUUUCUUUGUUAAUGUCUUAAAGGUAUUGUUUUAUUGAAACUCGCCACAAAUACUGGAUUUUUAUUGACAAUUGAAAUAUUUGAACUUGCAGUAUGGAUUGAAAUACAAAGAAGACAAUACUGUACAUCAUUCAUACAUUAUUCUCAGGGUGCUGAAUGAUAUUAUACAGGGUAUGCAGUAUAAAAAUAGUCCUACUAGUUUAUACGCUAAAGAUGGCUUAUUAUGUUAUGAAUUAUGUUACGAAAAUAAAAUAUGUAAUGAUAAUAAGAUAUUUUAAUAAUAAGCUAUAUUUAUAUGAGAUUCUUGGAUCAGUGAAAUCAGCAGCAACAUGAAAGCCUUUUCCCAUAACUGUAUAUUCCAAAUGGACUUUUAUUGAAGGGGACAUUUCACAAGAAUUUUUUAAGAUGUAAAAUAAAUAUUUGAUAUCUCCAGAGUAGUUUAAGUCAAAAUACACCACAGAUAAUUUAUUAUAGCAUGUUAAAAUUGCCACUUUGUAGGCGUGAGCAAAUAUGUGGCGGGUUUUGGGUGUGUCCUUUAAUAUGCAAAUGUGCUGAUGAAAUGCAAACACUGAUCGGAUUGUGGUUUGUUGAAAUUGAAACUAAAUUGUGCUGUCAAAUUGUGCUCUCUCUCUCUCUCUCUCCCUCUCAACUAAAUGGUUGGAUAAAUGCAGAUUAAGGUGUGGUAUUGUUAUAAUAAAAUCCCCUUCUGACAUCACAAAGGGAGCCAAAUUUCAAUGACCUAUUUUUUACAUGCUUGCAGAUAAUGUUUACCAGAACUAAGUUAAUGGGUUGUUGUUGUUGUUGUUUUUUUACAUUUUCUAGUUUGAAACAAGCACUGUAGACCCAAUUAUAGCACUUAAGCACUUAAGUUAUGUCCCUUUUAAAUCACACAUGUUUGGUUACUGAUAGUAUUUCACAUCUUACAACCUCUUGCUAUGUGUGGUAUUUUAAGCAUCUUUGACCGAUGAUUGUUGUAUGUUGCUAUUUUAUUUGGAAUGAAUAAAUGCUCAACUCUU